AUUUAAAUAAUUACACCCAGAUAUGUCGGCAAACACUAAGUAUUCAAAACGUAUAUACGUGUAAAUCAAGAGUUCGUUACAGUUAACCAGUGCUGUUUCAGAAAAUGUUUGUUUUGCCCGAGCACCCCCCGCAAACAUUGGAACGUGGAUGGUUCCUAAAAUGGCGGCGGUUUCUAUCAGUGUGGAGUGAAACUUUCCUAUUUUUAGCGACAAAUUUGUCAUUUUCUAACACAUUCUGACGACUUCAGCCGUCUGUUUAUUAAAGUAAGCAUUAACGGAACACAGAGCCGUCUGACACUCGACGUCGGGACCGAGUGGAGUCGUUCGAGGCUCUGUUUUUAAUCGCCAAAUCGCUGGGCUUCCCUCGAAGUUGACGGUGGCUGAGUGCCUGACAUUGCGAUCAUACCGACUGUUGUUGUCAUCGGAUUGCUCAACGCGGAACCACCAGGUGAGAUUGGACGUCGGCCGAGUAGCUAGCUAGCUCGCCGGCCAAAGAGCGUCAAAAACGAAUCGGCGGCUUUUCGUUCGGCUGGAUUCCGUCGGGGCUGAGGUCGGAGAUCCUGAGGACGUGUCACGUCGCCUGUCAGUUGAAAUUAAUACGUGGUGUUGGAUGUCACCACCAGUCAGUGUCAGGCUGAAUUUGGUUUGCUAGCAUCGUCCAUCCUGGCAAAUCAAAUGGAGAAGCUCCAGGACUUGAGCCAAUCAGAGCUACAGGAGCUCCUGGACAACCCGGAGAGGGUGGAGUCAAUGGCUCUGGAGUCUGACGAGAUCCAGAACAUUCAGCUGGAGAGAGAGAUGGCGCUGGCAUCAAAUCGCAGCCUGGCUGAGCAAAACCUGGACAUGAAGCCCCGUCUGGAGUUGCAGAAGGAGGUGCUGGUGGAGAGAUAUUCUCAGCUAGAGGCCGUCAGAGAAACCUACAGACAACACUGUUCCCUAAGAGACGGGAUGGUUGGUCAGGUGUCCCCAGAGGCGUUGUUCUCCAGACUACAGACAGAGAGCAUCAAAACAGAGGAAGAGUCAGAGGCUCUAGCCGAUGAGUUCCUGGAUGGCUCUCUGCCGUUGGACUCUUUCCUCGACCACUUCCUCUCCCUGCGCUCCCUCGCUCACAAAAGACGGGUGCGGAUAGAGAAGCUCCAGGAGAUCCUGCGACAGAGGAGUGAGGGCAAUCCCACCGCCAUGACAUCAUCGGCAGGCAUCUGCCAGGACCCUGCCGCCAUACCCUCACCGUGGAAUCAGCCGACGACAACGGCAACGACGACGAAUCAGCAGCAGCCGAACUCCAAACCUCAGUCCUCCAGCUACCAAAACGCCUCGCAGACAGCCUCCUCAUCUGCAGGGGGCUCCUCCGGCCUCCCCUACAGCCCGUACCCCAUCGCCCCCCCCAAAUCAGCCCCCGCAGCGGCAGCAGCUGCUGCCCCGGCCAACCCCACGUCACAGUUCCCUCCCUACCCAGUUUCCAGCUCACCUUUCACCCCAGGAGGGAGCUACUCCGGCCCCAGGCCUGCUUUCGGGCCUCCGGCUUCAGCUGCCUGCCCUUACCCGACCCAGCCCUCCUUCCCUGCUCCGCAUCCGGGCUCAGCGUUCGGCCAGUACACCCCCAGCCACCCCCAGAGUGGCCCCGCGCCAUACCCGGCCUCCUACAGCUACGGCGGCUACAGCUACCCAGCCGGGCCCGCCUACUCCAAUUCUCAGUCGCCAACGGGGAGACCGAUCUACAGACCAGGAUAUGGAGUUCCACAGCCGUACUCCUGAAAGCACUACUGCUCCUCUGUCUCAAUUCUUCCCUUCUUUAUGUCUCACCCUUUUCUUCUCCCUCCCUCCCUGAAAUCCUCACCCCUAAUUCCCUCUCCUCGUCUUUUUACCUUUUCUACAAUCCCUCUUCCUCUCUCCCACACUCCCAGAUUCAAGAUGUCUCUUGCUUUACUUCUCUUUGUUGCACUAUUUCUAUCUUUCUCUAAUUAUCAAUCUGUUGAUCUCUCUGUCUUUCUCUCUUUCCUUUCCCCCUUUCUCUGUCACCCUCCAACCCACUGACUCCCCCACACUAGUCUCAGGUUGUUGCGUUGUGUUUAAGUGUUCAAACACUUGUAUCUUCAUACACUCACUGUCCUCCCUCCUCCCCUUCCAUUUCAAAUGUGUGUGUUGCUAUUUGGCAAUCAGAAAGUCCUUAUAAACACACAAGUGCACUCCCCCUUAUGACGAAUACAUGAAAAAAAAUCUGUUUUUGUAACACUACGUCUGUGUCCAGUAGCUGUCUGAUUCACAUUAUUAUUCAUGAGCACAGUCUGCGUAAUGGAAGGUUUAUGUCCUGGUCUGGUCUCAGUAACUGCUUAAUUCCACCGG